ACGUGAGGCGAGCGGGGGUGCGCGGCCAUGGCGGGCGCUGCGGGCGCUGCGGGCGCGUUCAGCCUGCGGGAGGUUCUCGCCGCGUUCCAGACGUGCGUGUCCGAGCGGCGGGAGGUGCUGCUGGGGCCGUACCUGAGCGGCUGGCGGGGGCUCAUCCGGUUCCUGCACAGCCUGGGCACCAUCUUCUCCUUCAUCACCAAGGACGCGGUGGCCAAGGUGCAGAUCAUGGAGGGCUACAGCGGCGGGGAGCAGCGGGAGCGGUACGCCUCGCUGCAGUCCAUGGUGGAGUACGAGCUGGCCAACGGGCUGGUGGACGUGCAGAAGCGCGGGGGACACCCCGAGUCCGGCUGCCGGACCGUCCUGCGGCUGCACCGGGCCCUGCGCUGGCUGCAGCUCUUCCUGGAGGGGCUGCGCACCGCCGGGGAGGACGCCCGCACAUCCACCAUCUGCACCGACUCCUACAACGCGUCCCUGGCCGCCUACCACCCCUGGGUCAUUCGCAAGGCGGCCACAGUGGCGUUCUGCACGCUGCCGUCCCGCAACGCCUUCCUGGAGGUGAUGAACGUGGGCACGGCCGAGGAGGCCGUGGCCAUGCUGGGUGAGGCUCUGCCGCACAUCAGUGACGUCUACGAUAUCACCCAGGAGCUCUUUGCCCAGCACGACCUGCUCAACCUCCCGUGACGGGAGGGAUGGGGAAGAGCCGUGCCAGGUUCUGAGAGAUUAAGGGUGAAGCAGGUGAAAACCGUGUGUUUUCACAAACACACAAGUGUCUGGUUCUCUGUCCCUGGUCACUCUGUCCCUUUCCUUUUCCAGGAUGCAGUUGGCAAAGCUACUCAGGUUGCCUCACUUUACAACAGAAAAAAAAAGCACCUUUUUUUUUUUAAUAGGUAUCUAUAUAUGUAUAACUGUGUGUCUGUGGAGCCCUGGCUCGACAAUAAGAAAAACACAUUCUUUAUCAUGCUUAAGGGAUUUCUUUUCUCCUAGAUUCACCUUCAGCUGUCAGCUAGGCUGGGAGUAGGAGGUUUUGGGUUCACUUUUAAGCCAAACUCUGCAACUUCAGCAGGUUUUGUGCAUUUACACCAUUUGCGGGACAGCACAACUUUCAGCUGUGGUGCCUGAACACGUUUACACGACACAUGAGCUCACUUUGCCACUUUUGUUUACAAGCUGUUCCCUUGAUUAGAUCUGGGAGGGGUUUCCCUCCAUUAUGCUUUAACCUGGAAAAUAUAAUCGUGAGUAAUGUGUAUCUGAAAGCUCUUUUUCUUGUGGUCACACACUUAUCUGAUGAUUGCUGCUAAUUCUGUGUCCCCUGGGAUUAAAGAAGGAAAGGGUGACAUAUGUUGUUACUGUAAGUGACCAAUUUCCUUUGUGUUCCAUUAAGCAGGACCUUCUUUCUGUGUCGCUUCCUGUUAAUCUCUAUUUUAUCCCUCUUGGGAUGUGGAACAGUUUUUAGUGUGUUCUGCAAAAUACUAAAUAUCCAGCUAAGGCUGCAGGCUGCACCUGAUCUGUUCUCCUGCCAAGCUUCUACAUCGUGUUUAUGAGGUUUAUUUUAAAUGUAUGUGUCAAAUGCCUACAAAAAUGUCUUCUCCCUCUGGGGAGAAAGCUGAACUUGCACUGUAAGUCACUAUUUUACCAGGCUUAUUUAUGACUUCUAUUGCAAAUGACUGUAUAUUAUAGACAGUAUGUGUAUGUAUAUAUAUAUACUCACACCAAAGUAUGCACAAUGGAAUUUACUUAGCUCUUUGAAAGCUGAAAAAGCACUACGUUGUUAGCUGAGGAUGACAUGAAUAUUUGGAGAAAGAGGGAGAAUCCCACAGGCUGGAACAUGUUCUGAUUGUAUCUCAGGCAGUUUGGCCUCACGUAACACUAAAUUAUUCAGGAAAUCACUAUUACCUCAUGGAGGUUAAACUAACUGGACAUUAAAUUAUGUGAAGAACAUGCUUCUGAGGAGUAAAUGCUUGUUUUCUUUGUGGUGCUUGGGGGAACGUAUUCCUCUUAUGAGACAAACAAUGUCAGAAAGGAACUUGAUCUUUGCCAUUCAAACCAGAGAGAAUAAAUGCAAACCAUGCUGCAACCGAAA